AUGUCCAGCAGCGAUUCGAUGUCUAGCACUAACUCAGUGACCAACAGCGCCUCAACGUCCAGCAAUACCUCAACGUCCAGCAGUAUUACCUCGAUGUCCAGCAGUAUCUCAAUGUCCAGCAGCACGCUACCGUUACCCACCGACAUCCUCUACGCCAUCCUCGACCUCCUUUCAGAGGACAAACCCACCCUCCUCGCGACCUCCCUAACGUCCAAAUCCUUCACCGCGCAUUCCCAACGGUUGCUCUUCCGCUCGGUGUGCUUCGUGCUCAACUUGGACUUGGACCAUUCCGAUGGGGUGCUCGAUUCGGAUGUUGAGGGCAACUUGGACUUGGAUCGUUCGGAUGUACAUGGUGAGCUCGAGGUUGGGGAGACGCGACGAGACUCGAAAAAGUUGGAUUCCGAAGAGCCGCUGGCCAAGUUCGCCGGGGCGGUGAAGACGAAUGCAAAGCUGGGAUCGUAUGUUCGAUCGUUUUUGGUGGCUGUCAAGCCUCCUACCUACGAUCCCACCGAGCUUUCCCAGUCCAAUUCCGGUUCACCACUGGAGGAAACACUUCUCCAACGAUGUCGUCAAAAAGCCGAAACGGGAUUUUACACUCUCCUUCCCCGACUUACACAGCUAGAGCACCUCCAUAUUGUAGUGCAGUACCCGCAGAGGAACGUUCGAUCGGUGGUUUCGGUGAUGCGUAUAUUGGAGUUGGUGGGCUCGGGAGGCGAUGGGGGUUCGGUUGGGGGCUUGGACUCGGAUGGGGCCUUGGACUCAGGCUCAGGCUCAGGCUCGGGGAGGUUUGAGUCGUUGGGUUUGGGGAGUGCGUUUUUGGAUUUGUUGGUGGGGAUUCGGAAUCAGGGGGUCCAGGAGGAGGAGAGGGUGGGAAAUGUGAAGUUGAUUCGGACGCUUAAGCGUCUCAAGCGGUUGGAGGUUGAUAACUGCGAGUUGGAUUCUCCGAACGAACCUGCACCCGCACUGCCUGCCGCCACAACCUCGACCCAAAUCCAAACCCCCGAUACCAGCCCGGGUACGCCUGUCGCGCAACUAAACCUGGAGCAACUCGUCUUUUAUGGUCCUCGUACGAACUGUUUAGCGCCUCUCGUGGCUCUUCAAGCGCCCGAUACGCUGCGCCGGUUGUACCUUUGCACGAAUCGUAAUAUGGUGUUGGAAACAGGGCCGUUAAGGGAUUUAUUGGCGAAAUCGGGCUCGUCGUUGGAGUGGUUUGGGUAUGCGUAUCCUGGGGGGAGCUGGAGUGCUAGUGGGGAUGGUCAAUCGGUAGCAGCAGCAGUCGUACCCACUAUCGAAACCUCCAUCUUCGCCUCGCGCCACACACCGAUCUUUGCUUCGCUCACUUUGCUCAGGACGUUCAAGUUUAGGAUCGCUACGGCGGAUUUGUUUGAUUGGUUCAAUAGGCCUGCGACGGGGACGAGGACCGCGAUAAAGGAACAUUGUAGAUUCAUGGUUGAGAUACUUACCGGCAGCAGCAAGAGCAGAAGCAGCAGCAGUAACAGCUUGCCGGGUACCACCACCACCACUACCACCACCGACGAGGGUACCACCACCAACACCGACGAGUCCGAGGGCCCGCCGGCGAGGCCUAGCGCGUUAUCCUCCGUUCCGAACCUCGCCCUCCUCCAACUUGAUCUGUUUGGUUCCCAGACGGUUGAUGAUUUUGUGAGUCUUGACAUGGAGUGGGAGAGGGUGAGGAAGGUGUUGAUGGAGGGAGGAGGAGGAGGAGGAGGGGUGUUUGGAAAGUUGGAGAAGGUGGAGAUUCGUGCGUGUGUAAAGUGGGAGCUGCCGUGGAGGACGAGGUCGAGCUCAAACUCAAACUCGGCCCCCGGGUCUGACAGGCGUCCUAGGGACUUAACCGAUGAGGCCUUGACGGCGUGGAUGAAGGAGGGCCCGUUUGCGGGUCUCGAGGAGAAGAGGGGCGUUUGUGUGGAGGUGAGGAAUGUUAGUUGGAAGGAGGAGUAUUAUCCUUAUGUUAGUAAUCCUUGA